GUCAAUGUGCUCUUCGACUGGUCCACCUGCAUGUAGACCAUCGCUUGAAAUGAUUGACUGUACAGGAGAUGCUAGAGACAACGUGACGGAUGAUGAACUCGAUCAGAUCAAAGAAGACGUGAGAUCGGAUACCGAAGAACCUGCUGCGAAGAAAUGAGUCCUCUCCAUCUCACCAUUUGUCAAGCCAACGAUGUCCAUUCCUGAUCUGUUUCCAUUUCCGGCCAACUACCCGCCCAGAUUACAGCGUGUGGUGGAUUCUGGGGAAAUCUACGGUACGGAUAGAUUAGCGUUUAUCCGUCAAGUAAGCGACAUCAUGGUAGGUUUCAAUCCCAACCCUUCACCAUCUGAGUAUGAGCGUGUGGCAAGAGCAGUUGUUGAAAGACACCACUGUCUAGCAGAUACCAUCAAGGGCCAGCCUGCCUGUUAGACGUCCGUGAAACUGCAAUUGUCACAAAGAAUAAGAAACAUGCGUCAUUACUCAAAGACGUCGUCCAACGGAAAGUCAAAUGCCAAAUUCAAGGCUGUGGAAGUUGCCAGUGUGGACAGUGCAGAAGUCAAUGAUGUCGACAUGGAGAAUUACCACAGAAAUGUUUCUAAAAUUCAGAAACAAUGGAAGUUUAAGAAUCUUGACAAGAAGCAAGUGAAGAUUCUGAUGGACAUUAGUUUUACAUUGAGAAGUCACUGGAUUCAGCAUGAAGUGAAGUCAGUGAGAGCCGUUGUAGACACGCUUCCUUGCCUCAAGUCAAAGACAAUGUUGUUAGAGGAGUUUAGACGAAUAGUUGGAAUUCCAAUAAUGGAAAAAAUGAUGACCAGGUGGACAUCUCUAGCAAAGGCUCUCAGCUGUGACGGAGGUUUUUCUGAUGAAUUGAAGACAUUCUUGGAUUUGGAAAAACGAGUGAAGAGUUCUAGGCAUGGCAAAAAGGGACAACAGACAAGCCAGUCUAUUGUGCAGUCAAUAACAGUAAGCAGUCAUUGUUGUACAACAGGCCAUCAUUCCGGGGCUUCUCUGUUUCAUGAAGCUGCUGCACUUCGUAGAGAAGAAAUCAAAGCCAAACAGUACAUGGGAGAAAUGCUACCACAAGGUUCCUCACCAUCUGUUGUGCCCCUAGUGUUCGAACACUUUGGUCGAUGGGGUGAGAAAGUGUUAAAGUAUCUAGACGAUUUCUCACAUCUCUCAAAAGACAAAGUGACCGGAAGAAUCCUGCCGAGUUUAAAUUAUUUUGGAGACGACGAUUUUCUGUUGAGUUGCAAAGAUGUAAUGCUUCAGUAA